UCUGGGAAAACCACAAAGUAGGGUGAGACUGGAGUAGCCCUUUCCUGCUGUCAUCCACCCAUAACAACUACCGUAAUAGUAGCACACUGCCUCUGAAUGUGAAGCCAGCCCAAAGAUAAAUAGUACUCUGGGAGGAUGUGUUCCCUAGCACUCUUUCCACCCCCACCACCUCCAGGAGACAUCACCCUUUAUGAAUUUAAUAAUGCCUUGGUUUCUGGACGCAGCUGUGAGAAGCUUCCACUUACUUUCCAGGGACAGGUAGAGGACCUACCAACCCUGACCAUUCCCAAAGAAACACUAAAGGCUCACAGCCGAAUGGAACAUAGCACCAAGCCUGCCUUUAUUCAUCAUCGUGAGUCACUCUGGAAGAGGUGCAUUAAUGCCUGGCGUGACAUCGGAGUGGCUGGAGUACUUGAAGAGCUUGCCAGUGCAGAGGAAGAAAGUGACUUGGACCAAGGGACAAAUGGAUGGUCGUGGGUGGACUCUGCAAAGGAGCUAG